AUGAGUGCAAGUAGUGAUGAAGGACCAAGUCAUAGUGGAGCUGACGUUUUACAUUCCAGGAAUGAAUACAAGGAAGUACCUUCGAUCGAGUCCAUCACAUUAGACGGAUCAUCGGAGAUGAUUCAAACAAAAGGCAGACAAUGCCACUAUAAUUCAGACGGACCAAAGAGAAUUGCCCUGAAACUUAUCGAACAAGCUCAAUUAAUAUCCAGAGGAAACCCUUCCAUUUACAAGCUCAACCUAGACAGGGAGGUGUUUAAUCAGUCCAAGCAGCUUGUGAAAUGCUCCUUAGGAAAGCCCACCACUAUGCACAAGAUGAAGACAAUUAUGGUGCUGGGGUCAACUGGAUCAGGAAAGACGACCCUCAUCAACGGGAUGAUCAACUACAUCUUGGGCGUGGAGUGGGGGGACAACAUCAGAUACCAGUUAAUACAGCAGGAGACGGGAACAUCCCAGGCUGAGAGCCAGACCUCCUCCAUCACUGCCUACCAUCUCCACCACCAGGUAGGGUUUAACAUCGACUGCUCUCUGACUAUAAUCGACACGCCAGGAUUCGGAGACAUCAGGGAUCAUCAGAUCACUGAGCAAAUCCGCGAGUUCUUCACUUCCCCACAGGGCGUUGAUCAGAUCGACGCGGUCUGUUUCGUCGUCCAAGCCUCCUUGGCUCGCCUGACCCCGACACAGAAAUAUGUCUUUGAUUCCAUCCUUUCCAUUUUUGGCAAAGAUAUCGCGGAGAACAUUCAGAUAAUGGUGACGUUCGCGGACGGGCAGCGCCCCCCAGUUCUGGAGGCCCUGAAAGCCAACCAGGUACCCUGCCCUAAAGACAAAAAGGGAUUGCCAGUACACUUUAAGUUUAACAAUUCUGCCAUUUUUGCCCAGCGUCCGACCUCUGGCGACGAGGGGAGAUCUGACGACAGUGGGGAAGAGGAUAAUGACUUUGACCAGAUGUUCUGGAAGAUGGGGACAAACAGUAUGAAGAAGUUCUUCGCAGCUCUGAGCACGAUGCAGGCGAGGAGCCUGCUCCUGACCAAAGAGGUACUGAAGGAACGUAGCCAGCUGGAGUCUGUAGUGGCCGGGUUGCAGACUCUGAUCCAAGCAGGGCUGACCAAAUUAGAGGAGCUCAAGAAAACCCAACAAGUUCUGGACCAAAACCAGUCCAAACUGGAAGAAAAUAAAGAUUUUGAGUACGAGGUCGAUGUGACUGUUAAAGAAAAGAGGAAACUUGGCAGCGAUGCUCCAUUAGUAAACAACUGUACGGUUUGUGAAUACAGUUGUCAUGACCCCUGUCCGUAUGCAGGUUAUAUUUUCAAAUACUGGUGUUCAUCAAUGGACAUACUGGGAAAUUGUGUAGUCUGUCCGGGGAAGUGCGGCGUGCUAAAACACCUGAGGGAAGAGUACAGGUAUGUCUGUGUAACAAAAAAGGAGAAGAGGACGUACAACGAACUGAAGGAAAAGUAUGAGAAGGCAUACGGUGAGAAGAUGAGCCUGCAGAAGAUUAUGGAGUUACUUGGCCAGGACUUUGCUGAGGUGGAGAACACAGUGCAGAAGCUGAUUCAAGAAUUAUCCCAGGGCAUUAGACGACUUGAAGAAAUUGCCCUGAGACCAAACCCGUUGUCCACCCAGGCUUACAUUGACCUCCUGAUUCAGGCUGAGAAAAAUGAGGCGAAGCCAGGCUUCAUUGAACGAAUUCAGGCACUGACCGCUUUGAAGAAGCCGGCAGAGUUCAGAGAAAAGAUUGCCAACAAGGAGAAGCUGUUACCAGUGUAUUCAAAUGAAGGUGCGGCGGGAGGGAAAAGUACUGGAGAAAAUUUAAAGAAAAAAAUGUCAAACAUGAAGGAUUGGUUCUCUUCCAGUAACUGAGAAACAUUCCAGCUGUUUUCCAGUGUGUUUCACUCAACCGAUACACAAAUCCUCGUUCUAAUUCCUCGUCCUUCCCCUCCCCCAUCUGCCCAUUGCCUUUCACACCGAACCUUCCUUCCUCGAAGCUGCCUUCUUCUCAACAUAUUCCCAUAGGGCCUUUAUCCCAGGAAGGGUUUGCUGGCGUUGGAGAGGGUCCAGAGGAGGUUUACUAGAAUGAUCCCAGGAAUGAGUGGGUUAACAU